CAGACUUUGAAGCUUGUCACCUGUAAUGAAUCCUACCCAUGGCGGCUACGGUGGCACCGAGCUUCGCUCACAGCCUUCCGCUGAAGCGCCUCCCGCGGAGCCCGGGGAGCCCGUGGAGGAAGAGGAAGGAGCGGAGACGGGGCAGUCCGCGGCGGCGAAGAGUCCCUUGCUGCGAGCCUUGAUGCACGUGAAAUGGGCCACCCUGCUGCAAAAGGCUGGGAAAUACGAGCGUGCCACCGAACACUUCCGUUCCUCCCUGGAGUUGCUGCCCAGCGCCCGCGCCCACUUUGGCCUGGGCACCUGCCUGGGCGCCCUGCGCUUGCGCCGCGAAGCGGCGGAGGAGCUGCGGAGGGCGGUGCAGCUUUGUCCCAGCAUGGUGGGGGCCAUCAUCAAUCUGGCAGGCGUCCAGCUGGGCUUGGGCGACUUCGCCGAGGCGGAGCGCCUCUGCCGCGAGGCGCUGCGCUUGGAGCCCGACAGCCGCGAGGCCACCAUGAACUUGGCCAAUGCCUUGCGGAACCUGGGCCGCCGCGACGAGGCGGUGGCGCUGGUGUGGGAGCAGAUCCUGCGGCAUCAAACGGGGCGAUCCUCGGAUGCCGCGGAUGUGGCGAUUCCGGUGGUGCAGAUUGAUUGCAGUCGAUGGAACGAGAGCCAGGAGCGCUCGAGCGCCGCUGCCGCGGCGGACGCUCCACCGGACGCGGUGCUCGUGUGCCUCAAGUGGGGCCAGCGCUACGACGCCGCCUACGUGAACCGCCUCUGCGCGGCCGCCAGUCGACAGCUGCCGAGCACGCCCCGCUGCGUGUGCUUCACGGAGAGCCCCGAGGGGAUCGACGCGUCGAUCGAGGUGCGGGAGUUGCCGGAGAAGUUCCACUUGUGGUGGGGGAAGGCCUAUUUGUUUAGUGAAGAGGCUGGCUUGGAUGGGAAGAGAGUCCUGUUCUUGGACUUGGAUCAGGUCAUCGUGGGCUCCUUGGAGCCUUUGGCCUCCUACCGUGGCCCCUUUGCACUGCUCCGCACCGACGGCAUUGCCUGUGAGCUGGCCGAGGGCGGCUAUAACUCUUCGGUGAUCUCUUGGACUGGCGGGCCCUUCUGGCGGCCUCUCUUCCAGUGCUUGACACCUUCAGUUCUCAGGUAUGUGCACCGCUUUGAUCACUGGCUGGAAAUGAUGUUGAAAGGUGCAGACGUUUGGCAACAGAUUGCACCUGGCAAGGUCGUGGACUACACCACCGUCUUCCGUGCUGGCGUUUGCCUCGGCGCCGACGACGACGACGGCGCCUUCGCCGCCGGCGCCGCGGACGACGCCGCCGCGACGACGGCCGCACCGGCGGAGCCGCCGGAGGGCUGCGCGAUCGUGACGUUUCCGAGAAGCCCGAAGCCUCAUGAAGUCCUGGAGGAGCAUCGAUGGAUCCGGACACAUUGGGGAGAUGUCCUCAGCGACGUUAAGGAAGAAAAAAGGAGAGACGGACUGCGUCACGCUCCGGGCGACGGGGCGACGUGUCGCUCCGCUGGUUGACACGCGGAUCCGGG